AUGACAAAUAAGGCAUACGAUAGUCCAAAUGAAGUAAGCGGGAAAAACCAAAACGAAGCAAGUGACACAAGUGACAUAGAACAGGAAAGUUGGGUAAAUGAAGCAGGUCAAGAAAAUGAAGGAAGUAAGGCCGGUGAAGCAAGUAAAGGAAGUGAGAGCUCUUUUGAAGUGUUAAGUCAUAAUAGAGAAGAGGCAAAUAACUUAGAUUUUAAAGGGUUUAAAACAUGGUUAGGUCGAAGUACUGCAAUGGGAACAGACAAAGUGAUGAGAAAAAGAACAAUCUACUGCCGACAUUCUGGUCAAUAUAAAGCAAAAAAUCCAGAAAAUCCUGGAACAUCUGUUAGACAGGGUUGUCAGUGGCACAUUAAUCUUUCACGACCACUCAAACAAAACCUGAAUUCACUUGUUUAUAUAACAACAUUAGUGGAUGAACAUAACCAUGAGUUGUCCGUUGAAGCACUACAAUUUGAGAAAUUAAAGGCAUUUACUAAGGAGAUGCAAGAUGAUAUUGCAUUUUAUGUGAAAAAAUCACGUCACCUUCUUUGUAUUUGGCAUAUAAAAGAGAAUCUCAAAAAAGCACUUUAUGGAAAAUUGGGUAUUUCAUUUGCAGAUUUUUAUUCUGCAUUUUGGAAAUGCCGAAAUGCUGAAACUCCUGAUGCUUUCAAUUAUUACUGGAGAGAGAUGGUUACAAAUUAUCCAACAGCAUCAGAAUAUCUUGAAAGACAGUUGUAUGAGCGACGUAAAGCAUGGGCACGUGGGUUUACGACGAUGCUAUUUACACUUGGAAUUGAGUCAACAUCAUUUGUGGAAAGCCAGAAUGCUUGUAUAAAAUGUGUUCUUGAAAAUAAUAACACCUCUCUUUGUGAACUUGGUAAGGUUAUGAUGAAUCAUGUUGAAGAAUGGCUGAAACAAAAACAAUAUGAAGAUUGA